ACUGCACGGGCUCUCCCACACACUGCCGGAGGUGGCAGUGAAUCUCAGCCCGGGCGCCGAGCCAGGGCAGCCCCGCCCCAGAGGCCGGCCGGGCCGGGACGUUUCACAACAGCGGGGCAGGGCAGGGCGCCGGCGGAGCGGAGACGGAGACGCCGGGAGGAAGGGCAGCUCGGCAGAGCCUCAGGAUGGACCCCUUCGAGGAUACGCUGCGGCGGCUGCGGGAAUCCUUCCGCGCGGGGCGGACACGGCCGGCGGAGUUCCGGGUGACCCAGCUCAAGGGCCUGGGCCGCUUCCUGCAGGAGAACAAGCAGCUGCUGCAGGAGGCACUGGCGCGGGACCUGCGCAAGGGGGUCUUUGAGUCGGAGGUGUCCGAGUUCAGCAUCAGCCAGGGGGAGAUUAACUUGGCGCUCAGGAACCUGAAGGCCUGGAUGAAGGACGAGAAAGCAGCCAAGAACCUGGCCACGCAGCUGGACUCUGCCUUCAUCCGCAAGGAGCCCUACGGCCUGGUGCUCAUCAUCGCCCCCUGGAACUACCCCCUGAACCUGAUCCUGGUGCCCCUGGUGGGCGCCCUCGCCGCAGGGAACUGCGUGGUGCUGAAACCCUCCGAGAUCAGCCAGAGCACUGGCAAGGUCCUGGUGGAGGUGCUGCCCCGGUACCUGGACCAGAGCUGCUUUGCCGUGGUGCUGGGCGGGCCUGAGGAGGCCGGGCAGCUGCUGGAGCACAAGUUCGACUACAUCUUCUUCACGGGGAGCCCCCGGGUGGGCAAGAUCGUCAUGGCCGCGGCCGCCAAGCACCUGACGCCCGUCACGCUGGAGCUGGGGGGCAAGAACCCCUGCUACGUGGACGACGACUGCGACCCCCAGACCGUGGCCAACCGUGUGGCCUUCUUCCGCUACUUCAACGCCGGCCAGACCUGUGUGGCCCCCGACUACGUGCUCUGCAGCCCCGAAAUGCAAGAGCGGCUGGUGCCCGCCCUGCAGGGCGCCAUCACCCGCUUCUACGGCGAGGACCCCCGGGGCUCCCCGGACCUGGGCCGCAUCAUCAGCGACAAGCAUUUCCAGCGGCUCCAGGGCCUGCUGGGCUGUGGCCGUGUGGCCGUCGGGGGCCAGAGUGACGGGAGUGACCGCUACAUCGCCCCCACGGUGCUGGUGGACGUGCAGGAGACGGAGCCGGUGAUGCAGGAGGAGAUCUUCGGGCCCAUCCUGCCCAUCGUGAACGUGAGGAGCCUGGACGAGGCCAUCGACUUCAUCAACCGCCGGGAGAAGCCCCUGGCCCUGUACGCCUUCUCCAACAGCCGCCAGGUGGUCCAGCAGGUGCUGCAGCGGACCAGCAGCGGGGGCUUCUGCGGGAACGACGGCUUCAUGCACCUGACCCUCGCCAGCCUGCCGUUCGGAGGAGUGGGUGCCAGCGGCAUGGGCAGCUACCACGGCAAGUUCUCCUUCGACACCUUCUCCCACCACCGCGCCUGCCUGCUGCGCCGCCCUGGGCUGGAGAAGAUUUACUCCAUCCGCUACCCGCCCUACUCGCUGCGCAACCUGAGGGUGCUGCUGAUGGCCAUGGAGACCCGCAGCUGCACCCUGCUCUGAGCCCGCCUCGGGCACCGGGCACCAAGGGCCCCUCCCGGCUCAUGUCCCAGUCCUACCCUGUCACCUGUGGCUGGUGGAGAUGCGACCCAGGGCCCGGGGCACAAGGAGGAAGGGCCUGCCAAGGCCACAACCCAGCCCAGCGCUUACCCUUCUCCCUUCUCCUUCUCAGGGCGUCCCUCUCCAGCCCUCUGCUGCCCCCUAACUAGGAGGGGCUAAGGUGAGGGAGUGUGCGAAACCUCCAGGAGCCACCUGUCCCGGUCAGACGGGGCACCCCUGAGCCCCACCCCCUUCCUGUGGAAAGGGCAGCAGAAGGGGCGCUGACGUCUGGCCCAGGCCACAUCGUGGACCUGCUGUGACCCAGGCUGUCCCUGUCCUGAGCUGCUCCCCGUCUCCACAGUGGAGAUGACUAACGCCUGUGUCUCUGAGAUGGCUGCGAGAUUAAAUUCAGGAGCUUAAUAAACGCGAGUCGCCGCCCCGAG